ACCUCUCCGGCGACCCCGAGGACUUGCUCAGGACCCUCCUGCACCUCUCGGGAGGCUCUGCUGCCGAGGCCCGGCUGGGCGCAGAGCGCGAAAGCAGCGCCAUGGUCCCCCGUGUCCUCCUCGCGCUGCUCCUCUGGUUGCGCCUGGCGCCAGGUGUGCACAGCGCGCCCUGCGAAGCGGUGCGCAUUCCCAUGUGCCGUGCAAUGCCCUGGAACCUCACGCGGAUGCCCAACCACCUGCACCACAGCACGCAGGAGAACGCCGUGCUGGCCAUCGAGCAAUACGAGGAGCUGGUGGAUGCCAACUGCAGCGCCGUGCUGCGCUUCUUCCUCUGCGCAAUGUACGCGCCCAUCUGCGCGCUGGAGUUCCUGCACGACCCCAUCAAGCCCUGCAAGUCUGUGUGCCAGCGCGCGCGCGACGGCUGCGAGCCGCUCAUGAAUCUCUACAACCACAGCUGGCCCGAGAGCCUGGCCUGCGACGAGCUGCCUGUCUACGACCGCGGCGUGUGCAUCUCGCCCGAGGCCAUCGUCACCGACCUCCCGGAGGAUGCAAAGUGGCUGGAUGUCACCCCAGAUAUGAUGGUUCAAGAAGGGCCCCUGGAUGUGGACUGCAAACGCCUCAGCCCUGAUCGGUGCAAGUGUAAAAAAGUGAAGCCAACUUUGGCAACAUACCUGAGCAAGAACUACAGCUACGUUAUUCAUGCUAAAAUAAAAGCCGUGCAGAGGAGCGGCUGCAAUGAAGUCACAACUGUGGUGGAUGUCAAGGAGAUCUUCAAGUCCUCGUCUCCCAUCCCUCGGACACAAGUCCCGCUCAUCACGAAUUCUUCCUGCCAGUGUCCUCACAUCCUGCCCCAUCAAGACGUCCUCAUCAUGUGUUACGAGUGGCGCUCAAGAAUGAUGCUUCUUGAAAAUUGCCUAGUAGAAAAAUGGAGGGACCAACUUAGUAAAAGAUCCAUACAGUGGGAAGAGAGGCUUCAGGAACAGCGGAGAACAGUUCAGGACAAGAAGAAAACAGCUGGACGCACCAGUCGUAGUAAUCCCCCCAAACCAAAGGGAAAGCCACCUGCUCCCAAACCCGCCAGCCCCAAGAAGAACAUCAAAACUAGAAGCGCACAAAGGAAGACAAACUCAAAAAGAGUGUGAGCUAACUGCUUUGAGAAAUGGAGACUUCCUUACAGCAUGAGGCCGGGCAUUGCCUGGGACAGCUGAUGUAAGGCCACAUACCCCUUGCCUUAAGGAUUUAUGCAGUCCUUGUUCAUAGAUACAUCUUGCAGCAUUUUCUUUAAUGAUUUGCUUCCGUUUUUCUUUUUAAGCCACUACAAACCAUAUGGAUGGUUGGCACUCUGGUAUGGCAGGUGUAAUAAUGAAAGCUGGUCGAAAGCUUCUUCUGUGUUCAGAGUGACCCAGGUGCACACUCUUUUGGCCUCCAUGUGGGGGAAAUAGGCUUUUGUUCUUACUGUUUGACUUAAUAUGUGCAUUGUACAAUGAAUGCCAUAUUUGAAACAAAACAGUUUAAUUUUUUGACAAAGUAUUGUAUUUCCGUUUGACUUCUGUUAGAACGUUGGUGGUACGUGAAAAUGUGACUGAAAAUAUGCUUCUGAAGAGAGCAAGAGAGAUGAAUGCUGAAGAGAUCUUUAUUGUUUAUUAUCUGCAGGAGAAAUGGGGACUCUUGAAAAAUCUGGAGAAGGAGGAUGUGGAAAAUUGUAAUGUGUGUUUGUAAGAAGACUUUCAGCUCUGUUUUUAGUUAGACACUCUAAAAACUAAAACAAUAAUGAUGAAUCAAUAAAAAGGAGAGGCAGAGACACAGUGCUCUGAUUCUUGUUUUCUGGUUAUCACGCCAUGGUGGAGAUGUGCUGAUUCCACGAUCGCAGGGCUUCUUGUCAAUACCUUCUACAAAGAGCCAGAGUAGUGAGUUUGUUUGUCCCAUUAUUAUGUAGGUGCCAAUACGUGGGUCAGCCCUGAGGAUUUUUAUAUCCACAAAAGAAGUGUGAGACUCAUCUGAAUGCUUAGGACAACCUAGUGUUGCGAUUGCCCAACUGGAGAGAAGUUUCUCUCUGCAAAUGCAGGUAUUUAGAGCGACGCAUGUGGGACUGUGGUAGAAGGGCUGGAACUCCCAGGCUGGUUCUCAGACUGACAGCAGCCACACCCCAGCCCUGUGCCUGAGGGCGGACAGAGACACACUUCUCCACUCACUGCCUAUUGAAGUAGCAGAACCAUCAGAAAGCUUAAGAUUUAUGUUCCUCCUGAGAUUUGUGUUAUCUCUGCUCCUCAGAGGAGGGGUAGGUUAACAUGCUCCAUCCAUAUGAAAUACUUAAAAAGAUGAUUUGAUUUCACCUUUGUAGUCACUGGGACUCAAAAGUAAAUUAGGAGAGCAAGCCAAAGUGGAAAGAGAGAAGUAGGAUCAAUGAGAAGGCUGCUGUGCAUGCCCAGCACCUUCUGAAAGCUUCAGCCAGGGCUGCUACCUCAGAGUGCUGGAGCUAAAGAAAUACAGUAGCUCCACCUGCAUGAGGCUAUCAAUGAAAUACUCAGUGAGUGGUCCUGUUGAAUAAAACCAAACCUCUUUGGCCUCUAAGGAAAGCUUUUUAGGUGUUCUGCAUAGCAUCCAAAGUCAAAGACCCUUGGAAAAGCCAUUCAAAGCCAUGGGUAGCCUAUCUUAGCCCCAUAGGAAUUAGCAAUUCCAUGGGGGAGAAAGACAGAAAUGGAACAUGCUACUCUCUGUAGAAAAGGAGAAACUACAUAUACGUAUUUUAAAGAGUGAAAUUGAAUAUAAUACAAAUUUGAGAAUGGAUUUACACAUCUAAGCAAAGCUUACACUGAAUAUUUUAACGAAAUUAUUUUACUAUUACACAAAAUCUUAACUAAAUUAGUCACCUUUAUGAGUCUGAUUGACUGAUAUAGAUUAACCAGGCCAUUGAUUGGUUCUUACAAAAAGUCAAAGGUGAGACCUAGCCUAUCCUGACAGAGCAGAGACCAGUGUAGGAAUGGCCUCACGUGAGCUUCAAAAAUUUGGUUUUCUCACUUAAAAUAUUUUCUUCACCUAAACACAUGUGAGGGGAGAUAAAUAUAAAUAUAUGGAAAGAAGAAUUGAAGUUCUUGGGAUUUUUUAAUCAGGAAAAACACUUUUUGCAAUACUUUAUGGACAAAUGUAAAACUGGUUAACUGGAGGCACGCUUUUUUUUUACAAAAAAACCCCACUACUUUGUUGCUCUUUUAAUACCACAAUAAACAUGUACUCUCUGUAAGUGCUAAAUAAAUUCACAGAAUCAAAAGAAUGUAAUUAAAAUCCUACUUAAUCCCACUCAUCAUGACACACAAGUAAUCACUGUUACUUUCUGGCAUGUAAUUUUUCAGGUGUUUCCCAUGCAUUUACAUAGCGAUUAAAAAAUAAUAAAGGUCAGAGCCUA